AUGACAGAUGAAAAUGGUCAAUUAAAAGAUUUUGAUUUCGUUCAUUUUGAAACACAAGAAGCAGCUGAUAAUGCUAUUAGUGAAGUUAAUGGUGUGUUAUUAGCUGAUAAAAAAGUUUAUGAUGGUCGUUUUAUGUCACGUAAUCAACGUGUUGAAUCUGGUGGACCACGUAAAUUUACAAAUAUAUUUAUAAAAAAUUUCGGUGAUCAAAUAGAUGAAGAAAAAUUACGUGAACUUUUUUCAAAACAUGAAAAAAUUCUAAGUUUUAAAAUUGAAAAUGAUGAAAGUGGACAUUCAAAAGGUUUUGGUUUUUGUAGUUUUGAAAAUCCAGAAGAAGCUGAAGAAGCUGUUAAAACAUUAAAUGGAUAUUCAAUAGGUGAUAAACAACUUUAUGUUGCUCGUUUUCAAAAGAAAAAUGAACGAUUAUCAGAAAUAAAACGUAAAAAAGAUUUACAAAUACAAGAACGUAUGAAUAAAAAUCAAGGUGUUAUUUUAUAUAUUAAAAAUUUGGAUGAUACUAUUGAUGAUGAACGUUUAAAAAAAGAAUUUUCUAAAUUUGGAACAAUUACAAGUGCAAAAGUUACGACAGAAAAUGGUCGAUCAAAAGGUUUUGGUUUUGUUUGUUUUAGUGCACCUGAUGAAGCAACAAAAGCUGUUACAGAAAUGAAAGGUUCUAUUGUUGGUUCUAAACCACUUUAUGUUGCAUUAGUACAAAGUAAAGAAGAACGUCGUAUGCAUUUAACUAAUCAACAUAUGCAACGUAUGGUAACAUCACGUGUAUCACCACAAAUGCCAUUACCAUUUCUAAAUGGCAUGAGUGGUAUGAUGCCUUAUUUACAAGCACCAAUGAGUCCAUCACCACAACGUAAUUUCUUUACAUCAACUGCAAUGCCAACUUAUCGACCAGCACAACCACGUUGGUCAUCAACUGCACCAGCUAGUGGUAUGAGACCUCCAGCAGGUGCACAAAUGACUGGUAUGCAAAUGCCACAAUCAGCUAUGGCUGCUGCUCAACGAUUGGCUGAUAUGGCUAGUGUUGCAUCUCGAUCAGAUAUGCCAGUGCCAACACGACCGACACCAACACCAGGACAAAUGAUGCCGAAUAAUUCCGUUCCACCACAAACUGGUGCACAACCUCAACAAGCAACAGCUUAUACACGUACGGCAAGAAAUAUGCCAACUAGCAAUCCAGGUGGAUUUCCAAAUUCAAUUUUAGUUACUGGACAAGAACCAUUAACACCAGCUGUUCUUGCUAAUGCAACACCACAAGAACAAAAGCAAAUGUUAGGUGAACGUUUAUUUCCAUUGAUUCAACAAAUGCAACCAGUAUUAGCUCGUAAAAUAACUGAUAUGCUUCUCGAAAUUGAUAAUACUGAACUUCUUCAUAUGCUUGAAUCACGUGAAUCACUUAAAGCAAAGGUUGAAGAAGCUAUUGCUGUACUUCAAGCUCAUCAAGCUAAACAACUUUAUGCAGCUAAACAAGCAGCAACAAAUUCAGCUGCCUCAUAA